AUGAAUAAUGGUUCAAAUGAUCGUUCAGCACAAGAUUACUUGAGUCUACCAGAAGAUCAAGUUGGAAAUAGCUUCGUUCCUAUACGAAUUCCUAAUAAUAAUGAUAAUAGUAUUAAUUAUCAUGUAGGAAUUUAUAAUUCAAAUGAUACUGUGCCCUCAAACACAUUUGAAUUCUACCUACCUUUACCAAAUGAUACAAUCUAUCGAGUCAUUUAUACACAAUUACACUUAUUUGAAAUCUCAACAUUAUUAAACAACGGUGUUGAUACAUCACAUAUUCCUGAUUCGCACUUUCCUUACCACCAAAAUGUACAAAGUUUUAUUCGCCAACAGAUUCACCAACGAGUUCAAUAUAUUUAUCAACCUCAACAACCAUCUCAAACUUUCGACACCAUUCCUAAUUUUCAAUUAGAUAUGAUGCCGCCUAAUUCUCAAGUAAAUACGAAUGACAGUAAUGUGAUCCCUUCGAAUGAAGCCUCUUAG